AUGGCGCUCAAAUCUGGUGUAUUCGCUUGCCUCAUCCUUGCAUUGUGCGUGAGCUGCAACAACGUCAUGGCAGAGGAGAACUCCGGCAAGGAGACUGAGAAGGGCGGCAUCAUCAUCGGCCGCGGCCUCCCGAUUGAGACUGAGAAGAGUGGAGUGCCCUUCCUCCCUCGGUCGGAGAACCUCGAGGAGACUGAGAAGGGCGGCAUCAUCAUCCCCCGCGGCCUCCCAAUUGAGACUGAGAAGGGUGGAGCGGGCCUCCCUCGGUCGGAGAACCUCGAGAUCAUCCUUCGCGGCCUCCCAAUUGAGACUGAGAAGAGUGGAGCGCCCUUCCUCCCUCGGUCGGAGAACCUCGAGAUCAUCCUUCGCGGCCUCCCAAUUGAGACUGAGAAGAGUGGAGCACCCUUCCUCCCUCGGUCGGAGAACCUCGAGGAGACUGAGCCGACUGAGCCCUACUUUCCUCGGUCCGAGAACCUCGGCAAGGAGACUGAGAAGAGCAAUCUCUGCGUGACGCCGGACGACACCUCCGGGUAUCUCAUCACUGAGACCAGUUUGAAGGCGGAUGAUCUCAAGGUGACGGUCAGCUGCAGUGCAGAGGAUGGCUAUCACGGCACGGCCAGCGUCACGGGAUGUUCCAAAAAGGACAACCGCUACAGCUUGGCUGGCUGCAAGGCCUUCGUCUGCUCGGCACCUACGAACCCGGAGGGCUACAUCUUGACGGAGCUGGAUCUCAGAGGUGACACCUUUGACGUGCAGGCGAAGUGCGCUCCGGGCUUUCACGGCACGGCGACGGCCAAGAACUGCUUGAGGCAUUUGGAUGGCUAUCGCUUGGAAGGAUGUGUCCGAGCGGAGGUGUGCUUCUCGCCCAAAAGCUCAGUAGGCUAUGAUGUGACAGAAACCUCGCUGUCGCGCCUGAAUUGGAAGGUCGAGGCGAAAUGUGCAGAUGGCUACACUGGUGCUCCUAAGGUGACCAAGUGCAAACAGGGCCUGGAAGCCUACGAGUUGAGUGGCUGCGAGGCCAAGAUCAACUGCGAAAGUCCAGAUUCCACCAACGGCUACCUGGUCACCGAGCGCAGCACCGUCGCCCAGCUCUUCGACGUCAGCGUCAGCUGCGCGCGCGGCUGGGAGGGCACGGCCACUGUGACGCCCUGCGCCAGCAGCGGGGAGAAGUACACGUUGACGGGAUGCAGCUACAGCACUUUGACCUGCGCCGCACCGAAGUCCACGGAAGGCUACCUGGUCACCGAAGCCGAGUUGCGAAAGAUCUCCUUUGAUGUGGCUGUGACAUGUGCUCCGGGCUAUGUGGGCGUUGCCAAGGUGCAGACCUGUGAGAAGGACCUAGGUGAAUACGUUCUCAGUGGCUGCAGCAAAGCACCGGUCUGUACCUCACCCAACGAUCUGAACGGCUACAGCAUCACGGAAGUUUCUUUGGACAAGGCCAACUUUGAGGUCUCAGCGGAGUGUUCUCCGACGCACACGGGCAAGGCCUCAGUGAGAGAAUGCCAGGGGAAGAUGACGCCCUACAUUCUGAGUGGCUGUGAAAAGAAGAUCCAGUGCGACUCGCCGGGCUCCACGGAAGGCUACGUGGUCACGGAGAAAAACACGGUGGCACAGCUCUUGGACGUCGACGCCAGCUGCGCGCGCGGCUUCGAGGGCAAAGCUGUUGUAAGCAAGUGCACCAAGACGGGGCAGUCGUACCAACUGAGUGGCUGCAAGUACAGCACUACAACAUGUGUGGCACCGAAAUCUCAUUUGGGCUACCUUGUCACUGAGGUGGAACUUCGCAAAAUCAUCUUUGAGGUCAACGCGCAGUGUGCCCCGGGAUAUCAAGGAGCUGCCACAACAACAAAGUGCAGCGGUCACAAUGGUCCUUACACUUUGAGUGGGUGCACUCCUGCCCCAGUGUGUGCUUCUCCAAAGGACUUGACAGGCUAUAUUGUGGAGGAGAAGUCACUCGACAGGGACACGUUCAAAGUGGAGGUCCAGUGUGCAGACACGCACACGGGGAAGGCAAAGGCCUCUGAGUGUACCAAGAAUUUGGGAACCUAUAGUGUCAGUGGUUGUGCCAAAAAGAUUCAAUGUGCUUCGCCCGAAUCUGACCACUACCUUGUGACAGAGCAGAACACGGUUGCACAAACUUUCGAUGUUGCUGUCGCAUGUGCACGUGGCUACGAGGGCAAAGCAGUAGCAACUGCUUGCUCCAAAACAGGGCAGCAGUACCAGCUGAGUGGCUGCAAGUACAGCACCACAACAUGUGUGGCACCGAAAUCUCAAUUGGGCUACCUUGUCACCGAGGUGGAACUUCGCAAAAUCAUCUUUGAGGUCAACGCGCAGUGUGCCCCGGGAUAUCAAGGAGCUGCUACAACAACAAAGUGCAGCGGUCACAAUGGUCCUUACACUUUGAGUGGGUGCACUCCUGCCCCAGUGUGUGUUUCUCCAAAGGACUUGACAGGCUAUUCUGUCACAGAGACUUCUUUGGACAGGAGCUCAUUCAAAGUGCAGGUGGCAUGCGCUGAUACUCACACUGGUACAGCAAAGGUCACAGAAUGCACAAAGAAUCUUGGAACCUACAGCCUCACUGGUUGCUCCAAGAAGAUUGAAUGUGCUUCGCCCAGCUUCGACGGCUAUGCCGUGACCGAGCAGAACACUGUCGCACAAACCUUUGAUGUUGCUGCCACAUGUGCACGUGGCUAUGAGGGGAACCCAGUAGCAACUGCUUGCUCGAAAACAGGCGAGAAGUACACUCUGAGUGGCUGCAAGUACAGCACCACAACUUGUGUUGCACCCAAGGCAACAGAUGGCUACCUUGUGAGCGAAGCUCAACUUCGAAGGAUUGUCUUUGAUGUGAGUGUUCAGUGUGCCCCUGGAUAUCAGGGAGCUGCCAAAGUCGCCCCUUGCACCAGUCAAGGUGGGGAAUACACCUUGAGUGGAUGUUCUGCGGCUCCAGUCUGUGUUUCUCCCAAGGACUUGACAGGCUAUUCCGUGACAGAGACGUCUUUGAACAAGGGCUCAUUCAAAGUUGAGGCCAAAUGCUCAGCCACGCACAUUGGCGAGCCAAAGGUCACAGAAUGUACAAGCAACCUGGGAACCUACAGCAUCACUGGUUGCGUUCCCAAGAUCCAUUGCGCCUCUCCUGAGAACAGCCACUAUGUUGUCACAGAGAAGAACACAGUGGCACAGUCGUUUGACGUCGCUGCAACAUGUGCACGUGGCUAUGAAGGAACCGCGCUUGUUACCCCUUGCUCGAAAACCGGCCAGCAGUAUCAACUGAGUGGCUGCAAGUACAGCACCACAACUUGUGUGGCACCUCAGGUUACAACGGGCUACCUUGUGACCGAAGCACAGCUCCGCAAGAUCCUGUUCGAGGUGACUGCUCAGUGUGCCCCUGGAUAUCAGGGAGUUGCCAAAGCAACCAAGUGCAACUUGGACCGUGAAGCUUACACUUUGAGCUAUUCUGUCACAGAGACUUCUUUGGACAGGAGCUCAUUCAAAGUGCAGGUGGCAUGCGCUGAUACUCACACUGGUACAGCAAAGGUCACAGAAUGCACAAACAAUCUUGGAACCUACAGCCUCACUGGUUGCGCCAAGAAGAUUGAAUGUGCUUCGCCCAGCUUUGAAGGCUAUGCCGUGACCGAGCAGAACACUGUCGCACAAACCUUUGAUGUUGCUGCCACAUGUGCACGUGGCUAUGAGGGGAACCCAGUAGCAACUGCUUGCUCGAAAACAGGCGAGAAGUACACUCUGAGUGGCUGCAAGUACAGCACCACAACUUGUGUUGCACCCAAGGCAACAGAUGGCUACCUUGUGAGCGAAGCUCAACUUCGAAGGAUUGUCUUUGAUGUGAGUGUUCAGUGUGCCCCUGGAUAUCAGGGAGCUGCCAAAGUCGCCCCUUGCACCAGUCAAGGUGGGGAAUACACCUUGAGUGGAUGUUCUGCGGCUCCAGUCUGUGUUUCUCCCAAGGACUUGACAGGCUAUUCCGUGACAGAGACGUCUUUGAACAAGGGCUCAUUCAAAGUUGAGGCCAAAUGCUCAGCCACGCACAUUGGCGAGCCAAAGGUCACAGAAUGUACCAGCAACCUGGGAACCUACAGCAUCACUGGUUGCGUUCCCAGGAUCCAGUGUACUUCGCCCAGUAAGGAUGAUAAGGAUGGCUAUGUAGUCACAGAGACCAGCACAGUGGCACAACAUUUUGUGGUCCCAGUGUCAUGUGCUGCCGGCUAUGAGGGCAAAGCUGUUGUGACCGCUUGCACCAAGACUGGCGAGCCCUACACACUGAGCGGCUGCAAGUUUAGCACUACGACCUGCGUGGCACCCCACACGACGCAGGGCUACCUGGUCACCGAGGCAGCUCUACGAAAGGCCAUCUUUGACGUCAAGGCGCAGUGUGCGCCUGGCUUCGCAGGAGCUGCCAAAGUGACCAAGUGCAAUCUUCACGGUGAAGCAUAUACACUCAGCGGCUGCUCGAUGGUGCCCCUAUGUGUGGCACUCAACGAUGUCACGGGCUACGAAGUCACCGAAACGUCUUUGUACAGGGACUCCUUCGAUGUAAAAGUACAAUGUGCCAGAGGCUACAGCGGUUCAGCGUCCGCGACCAAGUGCUCCAACGCAUUGAGAAGUUACUCCCUGGCGGGAUGUCAGAGAAUAUCAGGAAUACCGAUUUGUUUGUCUCCAAGCAAUGUGGAUGGCUACAUGGUGUCGGAACACUCCUUGGAAAUCGACACCUUCGAUGUUCAAGCUACAUGCGCGCCCGGCUACCACGGUACUCCAAAGGCUACGGUUUGCGGAGUCAUCCUACAGCUUGAGCGGAUGCAGCAAGCGAUAGGAUCCGAUAGGCUAGAGACAAAAAACAUCUGGCGCAAGUGCCUGGAGGGUAGGCUUGCGGUGAAAUUGGAGAAGGCCUUUAUCGCAAUGAAGCUUUUCCUUCUGAUCUUGCAGCUCACCUUGGCCCUCACGGCCAAGUAUCGCAGCGUAAGCCUCGUGCCAGAGCCAACGGCUCUGGCGGCCAGCAACAAGUCGCAGGUAGACUCGGACACCGCGACCGACGCCGUCACCGAGACCGACGCCGCGGACGCGGAGGACGCGGAGGACGCAAACAGUGAGGGCGAGACGGAGACGGAGGCGGUCGACAGCCCCGAGAGCGAAGAUGCUAAGGUGGACCCUGCCGAGAAGGCAGGCACCGAGAACGAGAAGGAUGUGGCGUUGAUUCAGGACGACGGUGAGGACGACAAUGCCGAGGAAGAGGAUGUGGAGCCGGAGGAGCAGGAAGAGGAGGCUCCAGAGCUGGAAGAGGAAGAGCCCAUGGACACUGCGGAAGAUGCUGCAGAGGACAUGAAGUUGGCCGCUGAGACCAUGGCGAUGAAUGAUACCAUCCACCACACCCUCAAGUCGACCAGUGUGGAAGAGAUCCCUGGCAUUGGCAAGGUGCUGGUGAAGAAGGAAGGAGGGCAAAAGUGGGUGCUGCUCAUGAAGCUGAGCAAGAACCAGUUCUGUCACGGCAGCUCUAGGUGGACUGAUGGACAAGCCUACAACGCGAACAAGAUGUUGGACGAUUCGAUGCCAAAUCACAAGGAGUACGACGCCAAGAGCAUUGCCUUUCACAACCUCGAUGGGAUUGAUGCGGUGAAGCUGCAAACGAGCUCCAUCGAAUUUGGACCUGCGCCGGAGGUGCACUUCAAAUUCGCCAGUACCGCGGAGAAUCUGAUCACCACCAACAACGUGGACAUCAUCGGCACGGGCGACUUCAAUACCAAAAAGUACUGGAAGAAAUGGUCAAAGGCGUAUGGCCGCAGCCGCGCUUGGGCGCCUGCAUUCAUGAGGGCCAAUAGCUUCGUUCGCAACCCUGCUCCCGAGUGCCGCACCAACCCUCAAGAUGGGCCUUCGGGCUGCGGAAAGGCCUGCGUCUUCUGCUUCCAGCAGGGCGACGGCGAUAAAUGCCCUGCAAGGUCUAGACACAACGACAUCAGCAAGGGCAUUGGUUUGAGUAAAGACUUCUGCGGUGGUGGCGACAAGAACGACUGCAGCAGCAGCGGGAGUUGGGCCGAGGAUCGUCGAACUUUGCUUUGGGGCCGCAUGAGGUCCGGCAAGGUUCGAAGCAUUUUCUCGACCUACACCAUGGAUUACGGAGGUGAUGUCUUGGUGCGCCACAGCGAGGGUGAGACCUGGGCUCUGGUGAUGAAGCUCUCCAAGAACGACUUUUGCCACAACAGCCCAAGGUGGACGGAUGGCAAGGAAUUCAAGGCCGAAAAGAUGUUCGACACCCACAUCCCAAAGCACAAGGAGUACGAUGCCAAGAGCUUGGCCUUCCACAAACUCGAGGGUGUCAGCGCCAUCAAGAUCCAAACGAAUCGAAAGGGCUUCAAGGAUGCCGUGGUGAUCGACUUCGAAGAACCAGGAACGCCUGAGAAGCUGAUCACCACCAACGACAUCAAGAUCUCUCCCAAGCACGACUUUAACAAGAAGGUCUUCUGGAAGAAGUGGGAACACGAGUUUGGCCAUUCCCGUCAGCGGGCUCCCGCCUUCAUGCGCGCCGACAAGUUCGUGACGGACCCCGCGCCAGAGUGCCGCACGAACGCCGCGGAGAACAAGAUUUCAGGCUGCGGCAAGGCCUGCGUCUUUUGCAUGCAAGUGGGCGACGGUCACGGAUGCCCUGUGAAGGGCGGUCACAACGACAUCAGCGUGGGCAUUGGAUUGAGCCAAUCCUACUGUGGCGGCGGAAACAGGGAUGACUGCAGUAGCAGUGGCGACUGGGUCGGUGACAGCCGCACGCUGGUCUGGGCCAAGUGGAGUUGCAAGAAGCACGAGGUGGGCCAGUGCCUGGGAUCCCGUCACUUUGGCAUCUGUGGAGAGUUGGAACUGGACGACUGCGAUACCCACUUCGUUCAUGUGGUGACUGAUGAGGACAAGGCUGAAGGAGCAUUCUUGCAAUGUGCUUCGGUGGACGGGCAAUGUGUGGCCAAGGGACCUGCCUGCUUUGGCAGCUGCCUCUCGGUGGUGAAACAUGUGUGA